CGCCGCCGCCUGGAUCCCUGCACUCGGGUGCGCACGCUCGCUUGCCUGCUUCCUGCCGCUGCCGCCGCCGCCGCCUGGGCCAUGGCGACCUGUUUUCGGCUGCGGAGCUGCCUGGCCCUGCACCUCCCGCGGACGCCUCCCAGCCGGGUCCUACGCCCCCGCGCCGACUACCCGAUGGCCCGGAUUCGCGGCUACGCCCGGGGCCCGGCGGGCCUUUCCUCGGCCCUGCUGCGCACCGACGGCUUCGUGGGCGGCAGCUGGCUCUCGGCCGCCGCCACCUUCCCGGUGCACGACCCGGCCAGCGGCGCCGAGCUGGGCUUGGUGGCCGACUGCGGGGUACCCGAGGCCCGCGCCGCCGUGCGUGCCGCCUACGAGGCUUUCUGCAGCUGGAGGGGGGUCUCGGCCAAGGAGAGGAGUUCUUUACUUCGGAAAUGGUAUGACUUAAUGAUGCAAAAUAAGGAUGACCUUGCCAAGAUAAUCACAGCUGAAAGUGGAAAGCCACUAAAGGAGGCAGAGGGAGAAAUUCUCUAUUCUGCAAAUUUCCUGGAGUGGUUUUCAGAGGAAGCCCGCCGCGUUUACGGAGACAUUAUCUACACCCCAGCAAAAGAAAAACGGGCCCUGGUCCUCAAGCAGCCCCUCGGUGUGGCCGCAGUCAUCACCCCAUGGAAUUUCCCCAGCGCCAUGAUCACGAGGAAGGUGGGGGCCGCCCUGGCAGCAGGCUGCACGGUAGUGGUGAAACCUGCGGAGGACACGCCCUUCUCUGCCCUGGCCUUGGCCGCGCUUGCAGACCAGGCUGGAAUUCCUCCGGGUGUAUACAACGUUAUUCCCUGCUCUCAAAAGAAGGCCAAGGAAGUAGGGGAAGCACUUUGCACGGAUCCCCUAGUGUCUAAAAUUUCCUUUACGGGUUCAACAGCCACCGGAAAGGUCCUGUUGCGUCAUGCAGCAAACUCUGUGAAAAGGGUGUCCAUGGAGCUGGGCGGCCUUGCCCCAUUCAUCGUGUUCGACAGUGCCAAUGUUGACCAGGCUGUCGCCGGGGCCAUGGCAUCUAAAUUUAGGAACUCUGGACAGACUUGUGUUUGCUCAAACCGUUUCUUGGUGCAAAGGGGUAUCCAUGAUUCCUUUGUGAAAAAAUUUGCCGAGGCAAUUAAAACAAACCUGCACGUGGGUAAUGGAUUUGAGGAGAGAACUACUCAAGGCCCGUUAAUUAAUGAGAAAGCUGUAGAAAAGGUAGAGGAACAUGUGAGUGAUGCCAUUUCCAAAGGGGCCACCGUUGUGACAGGUGGGAAGCGACAUCAAGUUGGAAAAAAUUUCUUCGAGCCCACCCUGCUCAGCAACGUCACCCGAGACAUGCUCUGCUCUCAGGAAGAGACUUUUGGGCCUGUGGCACCCGUUAUCAAGUUUGAUACAGAGGAGGAGGCGGUGGCGAUCGCUAACGUGGCCGACGUCGGGCUGGCAGGUUAUUUUUACUCUCAAGACCCAGCCCAGAUCUGGAGGGUGGCGGAGCGGCUAGAAGUCGGCAUGGUCGGCGUCAACGAAGGACUGAUCUCCUCCGUGGAGUGCCCUUUCGGUGGCGUGAAGCAGUCGGGCCUCGGGCGAGAGGGCUCCAAGUAUGGCAUUGAUGAGUACCUGGAGCUCAAGUAUGUGUGCUUUGGAGGCUUAUAGGAUUCUUUAGUUCUUUAAAAAAUAAAAAAGGAAGCUUCGCCACAGGUAUGGGGACAUGCCAUCCAUUAUUUUAAAUAAGCCCAUAGGGUAUCUGAAUUAGGAAUUUUUUUUUUUAAUUUGUUAUCUAGAGGUCAAAUUUUAGUA